AUGCCUUUCGCAUCUUUCAAGAAUAUCCAGAAGCGCAAUGCUAGGCUACAUAAGGAGCGUUCUCAGCCAGCUUCCCGUGCCAGGUUUGGUGCACUUCCUAAAAAGAAAGAUUUCGUUCUACGCGCUCGAGAUAAUGAAACUAAGAGAAAUAAGAUCAUUGAGUUAAAAAGAAAAGCCUUGACCAAAAAUGAAGAUGAAUUCUAUUUUGCUAUGCAUAACUCAUCUUUUUCGCAAGAACUUGGCCAUAUUCCACUCAACAAUGAGAAAGAAUAUAGUGACGAUGAUUUAAAAGAUAUGAUCUCCCGAGAUCUUUGCUACUUGCGUCGAGAAUUAACAAUUGAAAUGAAAAAGAUAAGUGAUCUAGAGGCUCGUUUUAAUCUUCUACCGGCGGACCCCACUGUAACCAAUAAACGACUCAAACCUAAGCAAACAGUUUUUGCACAGUCAAUUGAAGAGGCUCGUGCUAUUAGAGCGUCAUUUCAAGAUUCGGUUAUUACUACGCAAAUCCCCGGUAGCGUUAAGCCUAAUGUUGCCGAGGAGAUUAUGAAUCUACGGGCUGCCGGAUACAAGGAACUCUCUGAGCGCAUUAAGCGAGCAGAUCUUCUCAAAUUGGCUAUUAGAAAGCGAGAAGCAAAGGAUAGAUUAAUGAAGCAUUCCCAUUUGAAGCAUAAAGUCAUUCGGAAAGGAAAUAAGGAUCGCGCUCCUGUGUAUAAAUUUGAGCGACGAAGACGUUAA